UGCCCACAUGACAAGCCACACAGUGGACAAGGCCUUUAAAUGCUCUGAAUGUGGAAAUAGCUACAAGCAUAGAAGCACCCUUCUCCUCCAUAGGAGGAGACACACAGGGGAGAAACCCUAUAAAUGUUUGGAAUGUGGGAAAUGUUUCCGUCAGGGGGCGAGUUUACGCUCUCACAUGAGGAUCCACACAGGGGAAAAACCUUUUCAGUGUCUCGAAUGUGGAAAGAUACUGACUCGGAGGAGAAACCUUGCUCUUCAUAUGACGAUCCACACAGGAGAGAAGCCAUUUGCCUGUGUGGAUUGCGGGAAGUGCUUCUGUCAGAGGACACAACUUGCUCGCCAUAUGAGAAUCCACACAGGGGAGAAACCCUAUAAAUGUUUGGAAUGUGGGAAAUGUUUCCGUCAGGGGGCGAGUUUACGCUCUCAUAUGAGGAUCCACAAGGGGGAGAAACCAUUUGCAUGCUUGGAAUGUGGAAAUAGCUACAGGGACAUAAGCACCCUUCGCUCCCAUAGGAGGAUCCACACAGGAGAGAAGCCCUAUGCAUGUUUGGAAUGCGGAAAUACAUUCACGCGGAGGAGAAACCUUGCCGUUCAUAUGAGGACCCACACAGGAGAAAAGCCAUUUUCGUGUGUGGAAUGCAGAAAGUGCUUCAGUCAGAGCAUGCAACUUGCUCGCCAUAUGAGAAUCCACACAGGGGAGAAGCCAUUUGCCUGUGUGGAAUGUGGAAAGUGCUUCUGUCAGAGGACGCAACUUGCUCGCCAUAUGAGAAUCCACACAGGGGAGAAACCCUUUAAAUGCCCAGAAUGUGGGAAGAGCUUCAGUCACAGCACAGCCCUCGCCUCUCAUAUGAGGAUCCACACGGGGGAGAAGUCCUUUAAAUGCUCCGAAUGUGGAAAUAGCUACAGGCAUAGAAGCACCCUUCGCUCCCAUAGGAGGAUCCACACAGGGGAGAAACCGUAUGUAUGUUUGGAAUGUGGGAAGUGUUUCCAUGAAGGAACGAGUUUUCGCUCUCAUGUUAAAAUCCACAAAGGGGAAAAACCUUUUCAGUGCCUCGAAUGUGGAAAGAUGUUCAGUCGGAGGACAAACCUUGCCCCUCAUAUGAGAAUCCACACAGGGGAGAAACCAUUUGCCUGUUUGGAAUGCGGAAAGUGCUUCAGUCAGAGAACACAACUCAAUCACCAUAUAAGAAUCCACACAGGGGACAAAGCCUUUAAAAGCCCAGAAUUCCCGUUGGCUGGGGCUGGACUUAGUGAUCCCUAG